GAACACUGUUUUGUUUUUGUUGGUUAGGUAUAAAGUUAGGUUAUAUCGUUAAAUUACUAUUUUCAAAACAAAAUGUGAUUAUUUGGUCAAGAUAAGUGAUUUUUUAAGAAAGAACUCUAUUUACUAGAUGAAAAAAUGGCUCAGAUAAUGUUGGCUCAUUAUCUUCAACUUAUUGAACGUUGUUGGAAAGCACAGGAUGGAGAAAAGUUAGCAUCAUUCCUCUCGUUAAGACAUGAACACACAAGAAGUAAACAUCUUUAUACUGAUAGGCCUGAAAGUAUGAUAGAGCGUUUUAUUUCAUCUCCAGUCGACGAACUAGCGUCUUAUCACUUAAAGUGCAUCUUUUUUAUCAGCAAUAACCAGUACAUUCAAGCUUAUCAACAGCAAAGCAAUCUAACACAGUGUAUAGCAAGGGUAUUGCAGUCUCAAAAGGAAGAAAAUUGGCUAUUGCCUGUUAUGUAUGUAGUGUGUUUGGAUUUGAGAUUAUUGGCUCAAAGAGCAGAAAAAGAAAGAGCUGGUGUAAAUGAAAAACCCGGUGAAAUUUUAGAGAAAGCAGCAGAGUGUCUUAUGGGCUGCUUUCGAGUAUGUGCUGCUGAUAACAGAUCUUCUGAAGAAGAUACUAAAAGGUUGGGAAUGCUGAAUCUUGUAAAUCAACUUUUUAAAGUAUACUUUCGAAUAAAUAAAUUGCAUUUAUGUAAACCUCUUAUAAGGGCUAUAGAAUCGUCUCCGUUCAAAGAGAGUUUUUCUUUGAGCCAACAGAUAACUUACCGGUAUUUUGUGGGAAGGAAAGCAAUGUUUGAUAGUGAUUAUAAAGCUGCAGAUGAAUAUCUAACAUAUGCCUUUGAAAAUUGCCAUAGAAGCAGUAGAAGGAAUAAAAGAUUAAUAUUAAUUUAUUUGGUACCUGUGAAGAUGCUGUUGGGUUAUAUUCCUAAUAAAAAAGUACUUGAAAAGUACAAUGUCCUGGAGUUUUGGGAUUUAGUUCAAGCCGUUUGUCAAGGAAAUCUAAAGCUUUUUGAUGAAAUAAUGGAAAAGCAUGAAGCGUUCUUUAUCAAUUGUGGCAUUUAUUUGAUAGUGGAUAAAUUGAAAAUUUUGGCUUAUCGUAAUUUAUUUAGAAGAGUUUACUUAAUUCUCAAUACUCAUCAAAUACCUAUAGACGCGUUUCAAACUGCCCUCGUUUAUUUAGGCCAAACCGAUGUCGAUUUAGACGAAACGCAGUGUAUAGUAGCCAAUUUAAUUUAUGAAAACAAGAUCAAAGGAUACAUUUCACAUCAACAUAAAAAGUUAGUUGUUAGUAAACAAAAUCCUUUUCCAUCCCUAACUAGUUUAAGCUAAUUUACAUUGUAUAAAUAAUAAAUAUUUUUUUGUGGUACA